AUUCAAUCCCCCAUCAAAAUCAAGAACGAACUGAAAAAAGGAAGAACAAAAAAUGCUGGGUUGUUUCAUGAGCAUCGAUUUUAUGUUUUUGGGUUUGUGAUUGGUUUGUUCAUAGACGGUUUCUCUGCUCUAAACGUGAAUUUCCAAUAAUGCCGAAACCGGAAGCUCCGCUUGGUAAAAACCCUGUUAAAUACUCAAAAAUUUGGAUACCAGGUGAUGGAAGGUGUUUGUUUCGGUCUGUGGUUCAUGGUGCUUAUCAAAGAGCAGGGAAGCCAUGCCCAAGUGAAAGCCUUCAGAGAGAACUUGCAGAUGAGCUCAGAGCUAAAGUUGCAGAUGAAUUCAUUAAGAGACGGGAGAACACUGAAUGGUUUCUUGAAGAUGAUUUUGAGACCUAUGUUGAACAGAUGAGACAACCACACAUUUGGGGUGGUGAGCCUGAGUUGCUCAUGUCCUCACAUGUUCUACGGAUGCCAAUCACAGUUUACAUGCAAGACAAGAACUCUGCUGGCCUCAAGAUCAUAGCUGAGUAUGGUCAAGAAUAUGGUAAAGAUAACCCUAUCCGUGUCCUUUAUAAUGGUUAUGGACACUAUGAUGCAUUGAGAAGUCCAAUUGGUAGCACGCAAUCCAAGCUGUGGAAGUGGAGAUGAACGGAUAGUUGUGAUGGAGCUCAUUGUCAUAUUUAGCCCAUUGUGCCUGUCAAAUGA